GUUCAUUUGCCCCUCGUCUUCAUUGCCCUCUCUCUUUCUCUGUGGGUGUGAGCCUUGUUCUUCUACCGGCUCUUGCCUCCAGUUCCAUCUUCAGUUCCCCUUGUUGCUUUCUUUACCCUUUCCCUCGCUCUUUGCAUUCCUUCUUGUCUCGCUGCAAUGAAUUCGUGGAAAUUGCCUGGCACUAAAAAAAAUAAGGAUGCCACGACAACGGCUUCACGAUCGUUGACGCAUGCUUCAUCUUUGUCAUCGGAUGGACCCAGUCCGUCCUUAUCAGCGUCGUCUUCACAGCAGCACGAACCCAAGUCGGGCCUACUGAUGGUUCGCAUAUGCGAAGCCCGAGGACUGUCGGUACCUCCAGGCGUUCAGUUGCCCAGUACAGCGACGCAACAACCGAUGCCUCGAACCAACCGGGACUCGUUUAAUCGUAAGCAGCAUUGGUGGUUACCUUAUGUUGUGCUUGAAUUUGAUAAGAACGAGAUUGUCAUCGAUGCCCUCGGUGGCGAUACCAUGAAUCCCAUUUAUCAGUAUCGAGCGAAUUUUGAUGUAUCACGCAGCUCCGAUGUCUCCAUAUCGAUCUAUAUGAGACAACCACCCACCCAUCCCACCACCCCUGCUCGCAACAUUACCACCACCAAGGAUUACUUCUUGGGUAAUGUCAAACUCUUGCCCCAAUUCGAUUCCAACAAACUCGACGACCAAGUCUUGCCCAUCGCCGGUGGCACCGGCGCCAUGCAUAUUCAACUUUGCUACAAGAAACAGCAGCAAAGUCAAACCAUCGCUUUCGAUUCAUUUGAUCUUUUACGAGUCAUUGGAAGAGGCAGUUUCGGCAAGGUGUAUGUUGUACGUAAAAAGGACACCAAUCGAAUCUAUGCUAUGAAGGUGUUGCGAAAAUCACGUAUUAUUUCUCGAUCCGAGGUGACGCAUACAAUGGCCGAGAAAACUGUGCUUGCUGAAGUGAGGAACCCGUUUAUUGUGCCUUUAAAGUUUGCAUUUCAAAGCCCGGAUAAACUGUACCUGGUAUUAGCGUUCAUCAACGGGGGUGAAUUGUUCCACCAUCUUCAAGUGGAAGGCAAAUUCGAUGAAGAACGGUCCCGAUUUUAUACCGCCGAACUGUUGUGUGCUUUGGAAUGCUUGCAUGGAUUCAAUGUCGUGUACCGGGAUUUGAAACCGGAGAAUAUCUUGAUCGAUUACAACGGCCACAUUGCUCUGUGUGAUUUCGGACUGUGCAAGGUGAACAUGACGGAAACGGAACGAACCAACACGUUUUGCGGUACGCCCGAGUACCUGGCGCCGGAAUUGCUCCUAGGCCAAGGGUAUACAAAAGUGGUGGAUUGGUGGACACUAGGUGUCCUCCUUUACGAAAUGUUGACAGGAUUACCACCCUUUUACGAUGAAAACACCAAUGAAAUGUACCGUAAGAUCUUGCAAGACGAACUUCGAUUCCCCGAAGAUAUGGCGGAAGAAGCUCAAUCAUUAUUACGUGGAUUAUUAACACGGGAACCGACGCAACGACUGGGAAACAAUGGACCAGAAGAGAUUAAAAGCCAUCCAUUUUUUGCCAGCAUUGAUUGGCGCAAAUUAAUACAAAAGAAGAUGCAGCCCCCAUUCAAGCCGUCAGUGGAAGGUGCGAUUGACACGACGAAUUUUGAUGAAGAGUUCACGUCGGAAGUUCCCAUGGAAUCCGUGGUGGAUGAAUCGCAUAUUUCCAAGACAAUGCAGGAACAGUUUGCAGGUUUUACUUACAAUCCUGCCAACGACGGUAUCCUCAGUGAAAGUUACACGGGCUCCAUGACCCCCAGCGGAGGUCAUAAUGCACUUCACAUCGGAAGUCACUCACAAUCGCAUCAUGGUGAACCAGCAUGGUAGUUUGUCUCUCGUUUUUUUUUUUUUUUGUUUUCUUUGUUGUUUUUUAGUCUUUUUUGUUUUU